UGUCCCAAUUGAGGCUGUGUAAAUCGCUUACUCGCCAGCAGGCGUUUGUCUGCUUCUACUGUGGAGCGAUAUACCAUGAGUUUGAAUCGUACAACGUGCACGUGGAAUCGAGUCACUCCUGACUUGGCUUGUGAGCCGAAACUCGCACCGCGCCCAUCUCACCCAUCGGCUAGAAGAAAGGCAUCUCAGAAGCCAUCCUCUUGCCUCAAAACAUCCUGCAUUUUUUGCAUAAACUGUUUUUCACCUACUCUGCCCACCUGUGCUGCUUGCUUGAAGCACUAUACCCCUUUCCCAGUUACCUUUGGCUUUAUUCCGCUUGAUAUACGUACCAGCACCUUCCUACCAUCAGUAUGAGUGGCA